AUGGAGGAGGACAUGAGCACGAAAAACAAACCACCGGCGUACGGAAAACUCGUGACGAUCCUCAGCCUCGAUGGCGGUGGAGUCAGAGGAAUCAUCGCCGGAGUCGUUCUUGCUUAUCUCGAAAAACAACUUCAGGAGCUAGAUGGAGAAGACGUGAGGCUAGCAGAUUACUUCGACGUGGUAGCCGGAACUAGCACCGGUGGCCUCGUGACGGCCAUGUUGACUGCACCGGGCAAGAAUGGGCGACCUUAUUUCGCGGCCAAAGACAUUGUUCCGUUUUACCAUGAACAUUCUCCCAAGAUAUUUCCACAGCCCAAAGGCAUGGCUGCUCUAUUGCCCAAGCUUCCAAAGCUUCUGUCUGGUCCGAAGUACGACGGAAAAUAUCUAAGAAAGUUACUAAAUGAUCUUCUUGGAGAGACAAAACUUCACCAGACACUCACAAACGUUGUCAUACCUACCUUCGACAUCAAGAAACUUCAACCCAUACUCUUCUCCUCUUACCAGGCCUUGGUUGACCCUAGCUUGGAUGUCAAGAUUGCAGACAUAUGCAUCGGUACAUCGGCUGCUCCUACGUUCUUUCCUCCUUAUUACUUUUCCAAUGUAGAUAGUGAAGACAAAACGACUGAGUUUAACCUGGUUGAUGGUGCGGUUACUGCUAAUAACCCGACGCUGGUGGCCAUGACUGCCGUGUCCAAGCAGAUUGUGAAGAAAAAUCCUGAUAUGGGUGAGCUCAAGCCGUUAGGUUUCAACAGGUUCCUGGUUAUAUCCUUAGGGACGGGAUCUGCCAAAAAGGAGGAGAAGUACAACGCAAAAAAGUCGGCGAAAUGGGGAAUCAUAUCUUGGUUAUAUGACAGUGGAUCUACUCCAAUACUAGACAUUAUAUCGGAAUCAAGCCGCGACAUUGUUCAUUUCCACAGCUCUGUUUUGUUCUCAGCCCUACAUUCUGAGGACAUGUAUCUUAGAAUUGACGAUGAUACAUUGGAAGGAGAUACAAACACUAUGGAUCUGGCGACAAAGUCUAACUUAGAGAAUCUUGAAAAGUUUGGAGAGAAGAUGCUGAAUAACAGAGUCGUGCAAAUGAACAUCGACACGGGUGUAUAUGAGCCUGUUCCUAGGAAUGUCACCAAUGAUCAAGAACUCCAGAGGUUUGCUAAAAUUCUCUCGGAUGAGAGAAAAUCAAGGAAAUUGAAAAGCGACACAAUGACCAAAGAGUCAUCAAACUGA